CCGGGGGCGCGGAGGCGGCUGAGGCGACCCGGGCGGCUGGGGUGGCUGGGGUGGCUGAAGCGGCCGGGGUGGCCGGGGUGGCCGGGGCGGCCCCGAGGCGGCGGGCGCUGCCCGCGGGUGCCCGCGGCUGGACAGCCCCGGGGCGUGCGCGGAGCCGGCGAGCGCGAAAAGUCACCACAUAAUGGAUUUUGUCCAGGAGAUUGCUUGGUUCUGGAUGUCAUGGAAACAACACAGGAAGUAUACAGAAUUUCUCAUUUCUGCAAAAAGUCAUGACCGCUGAAGACAGACACGCUUCUUAUUCCAACAGAAUUCAUUUUAGUAGCUUUUAUGGAAAUCCCAAUUUUCCUUUAUUUUCAACAACUUCUUGCUGAAGGUAUGAACAAGCAACGAGUUGAUCCUGCUAGGCAAGCACACAUUCCUAAGAAUGCCUAGAAGAGCGUUGCUGCUUCACACGCGGACCCACUGGCUGCUGUUGGGCCUCGCUUUGCUCUGCAGUUUGGUGUUAUUCAUGUACCUUCUGGAAUGUGCCCCCCAGACGGAUGGCAACGCGUCUCUUCCUGGCGCGGUUGGAGAAACUUACGGUAAGGAAUACUAUCAAGCCCUCCUGCAAGAGCAAGAAGAACAUUAUCAAACCAGAGCAACCAGCCUGAAGCGCCAGAUCGCCCAACUGAAGCAGGAAUUGCAGGAGAUGAGCGAGAAAAUGAGGUCCCUGCAAGAGAAGAGGAGCGGAGGGGCCAACGGCAUAGGCUACCAAGGCAACAAAGAGCAAGCCCCUGGUGACCUGCUGGAGUUUCUUCAUUCCCAAAUUGACAAAGCAGAAGUUAGCGUAGGCGCCAAGCUGCCCAGUGAGUACGGGGUCGUUCCCUUUGAAAGCUUUACUUUAAUGAAGGUGUUUCAGUUGGAAAUGGGUCUCACUCGACAUCCUGAAGAGAAGCCAGUGAGAAAAGACAAACGGGAUGAACUGGUUGAAGUGAUUGAAGCUGGCGUGGAGGUCAUUAACAGUCCUGAUGAAGAUGAGCAGGAGGAGGAGGAGGAGGGUCCCGCCGGGGAGAAGCUGUCGUUUAGUGAGAAUGACUUCGUAGAAGGCUAUUACCGCACCGAGAGAGACAAGGGCACACAGUACGAGCUUUUUUUUAAGAAAGCCGACCUCCUGGAAUACAGGCACGUGACCCUCUUCCGCCCUUUUGGACCCCUCAUGAAAGUCAAGAGCGAGAUGGUUGACAUUGCCAGAUCCGUUAUCAAUAUCAUCGUGCCGCUUGCUGGGAGGACGGAAGCAUUCACACAGUUCAUGCAGAACUUCAGGGACGUUUGCAUUCAUCAGGACAAGAGGAUUCAUCUCACAGUAGUGUAUUUUGGUAAAGAAGGGCUAUCUGAAGUCAAGUCCAUCCUAGAAUCUGUUACAAGUGAGUCUAAUUUUCACAAUUACACCUUGAUCCCACUGAACGAAGAAUUUAAUCGUGGACGAGGACUCAAUGUGGGUGCCAGAGCGUGGGACAAGGGCGAGGUCUUGAUGUUUUUCUGUGACGUUGAUAUCUAUUUCUCAGCCGAAUUCCUUAACAGCUGCCGGUUAAAUGCUGAGCCAGGGAAGAAGGUGUUUUACCCUGUGGUGUUCAGUCUGUACAACCCUGCCAUCGUCUAUGCCAACCAAGAUGUGCCGCCGCCCGUGGAGCAGCAGCUGGUACAUAAAAAGGAUUCUGGCUUUUGGCGAGAUUUUGGCUUUGGAAUGACUUGUCAAUAUCGAUCAGAUUUCCUGAGCAUUGGUGAAUUUGACAUGGAAGUAAAAGGUUGGGGUGGAGAAGACGUUCAUCUUUACCGGAAGUACUUACACAGCGACCUGAUGGUUAUUCGGACUCCAGUGCCUGGUCUUUUCCACCUCUGGCAUGAGAAACGCUGUGCCGACGAGCUGACCCCGGAGCAGUACCGCAUGUGCAUCCAGUCCAAGGCCAUGAACGAGGCCUCGCACUCCCACCUGGGGAUGCUGGUCUUCAGGGAGGAGAUAGAGACGCACCUCCACAAGCAGGCGUACAGGACAAACAGUGAGGCCGCCGGUUAGCGCACGUGGUCCGCACCACAAGCCAGCGCCGUUGAUGUAGCCUUAAUGCCAACUCAGAUGCAGUGCCUCUUUCAGAGAAGACACGUUUAUUUUCCAUAUUCUUUCUGACAUUACUUUAGCAUUUCAGCUUGGUGUGAGAAGAGAUGUUUGAUCACAAAGCCGCUCUUCUCUGAGGAAACUGCACUGUGGGAUCCCCGAUCAGUGAGACCCUGCGUUCGCCCCUGAAGUAGCUGUGAGUCAGUGCUGAGUGCCUGUGGGACUUUGUGUCGGCCUGGUUGCCCAUGGAUGGCGGGGUGAAAUGUGUGGGGCUGCUGGCAGGUCAGGCGCCACACCUCCCCGGGGAGGCAUCCUGCAGGAGGAGU